UGUUCAACCAAACACACAAAAUGUUCAGCAAAAUCGUAACUUUCGGUGCCAUGCUGGCAGCAGCUAAUGCUGGCCUUCUACACGGGCACGCUCCCGCCAUCUCUUCCCAGAGCAUCUUUCGCCACGACGGAGGCCACUACUCCGCUCCUAUCGCUUACGCCGCCCCCUUGGCCCACGCUGCCCCUCUGGCUCACGCCGCCCCUCUGGCUCACGCUGCUCCCCUCGCAUACGCCGCAUACGCUGCUCCCGCCGGCCAUUACGAUGGACAUGAUGAAUAUGCUCACCCCAAAUACGACUUCGCGUACUCAGUAGCCGACCCCCACACCGGUGACCACAAGUCCCAGCACGAGAGCCGCGACGGUGAUGCCGUGCACGGAUACUACUCUCUGGUGCAGCCCGAUGGUUCCGUCCGCAAGGUCGAAUACACCGCUGAUGCUCACAAUGGUUUCAACGCCGUGGUGCACAACUCAGCCCCCUCCGUCCAUGUCGCACCCGCCCACGCCUACCACCAUUACUAAUUGUUCUAAUUUUAAAUAUAAAUUACAGUCGACGUGCCUGAAGAAGAUGCAUUGUGAAAUUUCUUUUAUAAUUUAUACUUUUGUAAAUAUGAAUGCGUGUAAAUAAAGUGUGGAUGAUUAAU